AUGUACCAGAAAACCAAAGCUCCUACACCAGAUAUAUACCAGAAAACCAAAGCUCCUACACCAGAUAUAUACCAGAAAACCAAAGCUCCUACACCAGAUAUAUACCAGAAAACCAAACCUCGUUCAUCAGAUAUAUGUCAGAAAACCAAAGCUCCUACACCAGAUAUAUACCAGAAAACCAAAGCUCCUACACCAGAUAUAUACCAGAAAACCAAAGCUCCUACACCCGACAUAUGCCAGAAAACCAAAGCUCCUACAGCAGAUUUAUACCAGAAAACCAAAGCUCCUACACUAUAUAUAUGCCAGAAAACCAAAGCUCCUACACCAGAUAUAUAUCAGAAAACCAAAGCUCCUAAACCAGAUAUAUACCAGAAAACUAAAGCUCCUACACCCGAUAUAUACCAGAAAACCAAAUCUCCGACACCAGAUAUAUACCAGAAAACUAAAGCUCCUACACCCGAUAUAUGUCAGAGAACCAAAGUUCCUACCCCAGAUAUAUGUCAGAGAACCAAAGCUCCUACACCAGAUAUAUGCCAGAAAAUAGACUAUUACACCAGAUAA